UCAGUUUGUCAAAAAAAAAUAAAAAAUAAAAUUCAUUCAGAAUGGGUGGCGUUUUUUCUUUCUAGAUCCCGACGAAUUUAAAACGCGGCUUCGAAAUUCAGAGUCUUGACGGUUGACCCAAAAUUAGACGUUCCUCUCCCUUUCCGUCGUCUUCUCCGAACAAUAAUAAAACCCCCAAAAGCCGCCGAUAAUCAGAGCGCCGCCACCAACCGUCCAUGGCGACGAUCUACAGCUGCAGGGAGUGCGAGACGAACCUCAACCUCCAAACAGCCGCCCUCUACCCGGCGGACUUCUACUUCGAGGCCGGCAACAAGGGCACCCUCUCCUUCUCCGCCGUCGAUUCCUCCAAAUUCAGAUUCGAAAAGGAGGACAAGCUCCGGCCGUUCUUCGAGACGCUGGACUACUGGGGGAUCCAGAGGCGGCGGACCAUGAUCAAGUGCGAUCGCUGCGGGAAACUCGUGGGCCACGUCUACGACGACGGCCCACCCCUUAUUGCCGGCCCGGGUCAGUUUCAUUUUGGGCCGAGCCAGGUCGUUCCCAGAGCUCCUCGGUACAGGUUCAAGAAGAAGGCUCUCACAAUUGCAGCUUCCUAAUUAAUUCCAAACCCAAAUUUGUUUUUGUACUUUUGUAAAUCGGCCUUAAUAAUAAAAAUUUAAAAUUAAACUCUAUGUGAAAAU